AUUUCUUCAUUUACCACUGCAAAGCAACAGGAAACACACCCAAGAAUUUAAUUUGACUGCUAGGAUCUAGCAACACUAACCUCUCCUGGCUCCUCUCUGCAAGUUGCCAUUCAUUGGUAGGAAGCUAGUAUUUGUUGCAAAGUUAAAUAAGAAAAAUUGUUUUGGUGUAAAAGUAGUGCUGAGUUUGUUCACUUUCACUAACGGAAUGUCUUCAGUGGAUCAUCUGCAACCUUUGAUUGAGCUCGCUCUCAUUCUGAUCCUGGUGUCUAAUUCAAAAGGUGAAACAUGGGGUGUGAAAGUCAAUAGAAGCUUCACAGUAGAGAAAAACAAAAGUGUGACCAUACCAUGCACAUUCAGCGUACCGCCAGAGGAAUACCACGAAAACCUUCAGCUUUUCUGGAAAGUACCACUAAAAAGUAUGUUUAAUACCUACGACAGGGACCCCAAUGCAUUUAUUUUUCACCCCAAUCGCACAUUUGUGCUGGAGAAAUACAGAGGAAAGACACAGCUGCUCCCACAGGGAAACAGCAAGAGUUGCACCCUCAGAAUCUCAGAUUUCAUAGACAAUGGACUGCGUAUUUACCUAAGAGUUAUUGGAAAGACCAAUAACUACACUUUUUCUAACAACAUUGUCACUAUAUCACAGUCUGACCAAGGAGUCCUAGUUGGUAAACCAGUGAAUGUUCUGCCGUCACUCAUGACUGCCUUGGAAGGAACGGCACAACCAAUGAUAUCAGAAACAUUGUACAUUGCCAUCUUUGUACCAUUCGCUGUACUUCUCAUCCUUGUUGCAACUGCUGUCGGAUUUGUGGUUUGGAGAAAACACGCAAGGUCAGCGCAUCUAGUAAGGGAAUGCUCUGGAUAUUAUGCAAACUUCAGCAGAGCACCAUCAAACCAAACCACAAGAAAAGAAAAUUGCAAGCAAACCGAAAACGAAAAGCUUCCAGACAUGCAGGUUACGGAAGAACCUGUGUACAUUAACAUGCAUCACCCAACAUAUCAACUGGACUCAAGUGUGGAUCGAGAAGGGGGUGACAAAGAUUGCGUAUAUGCAAAUGUCGACCAUUCUGCGUAGCGCAAAAGUUGCAAAUUCAAACUUAUUGUCAGCAAUCCAGAAUGUGCAACUUCCCAGAGAGCGCUAACAAAGUUUUUGUUGUUGCUGUUUUUUAUUGAACAUUGAUGAUUUUGUUACAAAGGUCUGAUAGGAGACAUAGAUUGGAGCUAUAGUUAAAGGGGAACUACACUUUUAAAAAAAAUAUGCCCAUCAUUUUCAACCCUUAUGUAAGACAAGAACAUAUAGGUUUUGGGUUUUUUUAUGCAUUCAAACUCGUAAAUAAAUGCGAUCAAAAGUCAGCUUACAAUGGAGCCCAUGGAAAUUUCUAUAUUCUGGCUAUAAAGCACUAUAAAAUGUCCAAACACCUUCAUUAAGGUUUUAUAUGCAUGCUUUAAGUAUACAUAUAAUGUAGUAACGGGCACAUUCAUAAUAAUAUGUCAUAUUUACAUAUUUUGCCUAUUUUAAACCUACGCCAGCGCAUUAUUUUCACAAACGCUUCAAAACGUUUGCUUUUUCCUUCAACAACAAUGAUUUUUGCUCAACGCGGAUUUUAUGAGAGCCAACAAACAUAAAAAAACAUCACUUACUGUAUAAUGUCCGCUGUCAUUAGAAUGCCGACUGUGAGGAUGUCGACAUAUUCUCAUUUAGAUGAAGAAUGAAUACAAAUCCUCAAUCCUGAAUGAAAGGAGGGUAAAAUCCAGCAUCUUUUUGAGUCGUUCUUGCCAUUUUCGUGUCUAAAUUGGCUGUCGAAGUUGACAUACUUCUCGGAUUAUGCCCUCAUACUUUUGCUAUACAGGUGAAAGGUACGAUUUAUAAUUCAGAAUAAAUAUUCAUGAGCUCCGAGACGAGAAGGCAGCUCACUUGUCAAUACAGCAGCAUAGGGAAGUUAGCGCUGUGUGUCAAUGCGCCGCUAAAAAUAGGUCCUUAACGCUAACGCUUAUAAUAGCAAUAUUGCUAAUACUUAGCUACUAUUUAGGUUACGAAAUGUAAAUGGCGUAUUGUUGGCGGUUUUUGACGGUUAUUUAAAGUGCUGUAUGGGCAAAAUAGACUCCAUUGUAAGUGGACUUUUAUUUACGUUUAUCUACCAGUUAGAAUAUAUAUUUUUUUAUAAACCUAACACUUGUUCUUGUCACUCAUAAAGAUUGUGGAUUAUAGGCAAAAUUCACCCAAAAAAGUGCAGUUCUCCUUUAAUUUGUUUUGGACAUGGCCUGCGAAAUAUUGUCUGCGAAGAAGGAAUCACUAAAUAUAAUUUCAAUUAUUUCACAGCUAGAGCAUAAGAAAACUAUUUACCACCUUCUAAAUACAUUUUUAAAAAAUUAUAAGUGCCCUCUAUACAACACCCUUUAGUCAUCUUUCAUUACAAUAUUUCAAUCCACAAUGUCAAUGUUGCCAAUCAGUGACCACGAUCCUGAUAGAUUGAUCUAAUUGGCUUGGUCUCCUCUAGGGGCCAAUACUAUUGUAAUAUUGGUUAUAUAGAUGGUGGCGGCUUGUCCUGGGUGUACCCUGCCUACUGCCCGAAUGCAGCUGAGAUAGGCUCCAGCGACCCCCUGCGACCCCAAAAGGGACUAGCGGUAAAAAAUGGAUGGAUGGAUGAAUAGAUGAUAUACGAUAUCACCCAAAUCCCAACAUCCGAGGAUGUUGUAGUCGUAAUGAUUUGUGCAGUCCUUUGAGACAUUUGUGAUUUGGGGCUAUAUAAAUAAACAUUGAUUGAUUGAAAACAAAUGUAAAGUAUUGAAACAACAAAAUAAUAAGUUUUUUUUGUACAUUUAAGGAACCUUUGUCACUAGGGCCAUUACUAGAAUUUGACAAAUAUCGAGGUCGAAACAUGGUGGAGCUUUGAAAGGCUGAAAUACAGGUUUUUCCCAGCACCAUUAAAGUUCAAAUUAAAGUACCAAUGAUUGACACACACACACUAGGUGUGGUUAAAUGUGUCCUCUGCAUUUGACCCAUCCCCUUGUUCAUCCCCUGGGAGGUGAGUGGAGCAGUGGGCAGCAGCAUUGCUGUCAUUUUUGGUGAUUUAGCCCCCAUUUCCAACCCUUGAUGCUGAGUGCCAAGCAGUGUGGUAAUGGGUCCAAUUUUAAUAGUCUUUGGUAUGACUCGGCCCGGGUUUGAACUCACAACCUACCGAUCUCAGGGCGGACACUCUAACCACUAGGCCACUGAGUAAGUAAUAUUAAAUCAAUCUUACCUUGAGCAACACAAUGAACAAUCCACUUUUUCAAAUUACUAUGCUGUAGUUAGCGUAUUAAACAAUUUCAACAUCAUUAAAACAUAAAUUUGGUGACUUUACGUCAAUUCCGACGUAAACUUCUGCUUUGAAGUACAUGCUAAAUAGGUUAUACUCGUAUAACGCUUUCCUACCUUCAAGGUACUCAAAGCGCUUUGACACUAUUCCCACAUUCACUCAUUCACACGCACUGAUGGCGGGAGCUCCCAUGCAAGGGCCUAACCACGACCCAUCAGGAGCAAGGGUGAAGUGUCUUGCUCAAGGACACAACGAACGUGACGAGGUUGGUAGAAGGUGGUGAUUGAACCAGGAACCCUCAGGUUGCUGGUAUGGCCACUCUCCCAACUGCGCCACGCCGUCCCUGUCACACGCACCACUAGUGCCACUAAAACAGUGGUCCCCAACCACUGGGCCGCGGCCCGUUUACGGGCCGCAGAAGAAUUUUUUGUUUAAAAAAAAAAUAAAAAAAAAUUUUUCUUUCUUUUAAAUCAACAUAAAAAACACAAUAUACACUUACAAAUAGUGCACUAACCACAAAAAACUAAAUUUUUCAUGACAAAAACGUCCCUUUUUCAUGACAAAGAAGAAAAAAAAAAAAAAAAAAAAAAGGACACCCCCCCCAGGUCGCGGGACAAAUUUUUAAGCGUUGACCGGUCCGCGGAUACAAAAAGGUUGGGGACCACUGCACUAGAAGAAUCGGGAGAAAUGUAUCUUAAUAUUCUCCUCAGUGACAGCGAAUGACCUGUCCAGGAAUACAUUUGGGGUCAAAUUUCAAAUGAAGUGCAUUGUCCCCCCCACACGACCCCACGGAUAGCGAAGCUCUGCGCACAGCGCGUGUUCUGCGUGUUGAGCUGGACAGCACCUGGCUGACAUGACAGCAUUAAACCCACACCGAGUCACAUCAAUUUAAAUCAAGGCGAAACCAUCAUUAGUGACAUCAGCAUAAUUUAAUGUUAAUGUUAUGUUGACAGCACAUUUCGAAUCGGAUGAUGUUUGUAUUAAAAGUGGACUUCAUUCUGUUACGUUGUUGUCUGAAGUUGUAGCGGCUUUGGCGGUGCAUGACCAAAGACUGUAUAUUGGGAAAGGAUGAUCUACCGCAUUGUGAUGUACACAAUGUCCCACACAAGGUAUUUUUGCUAUCAGUCGUAUCAUCAUUUUUAAAAAACUACAGAGGACAUGACCUUGGUGUCCUCAAUGGUAAUUGUGUCCAUGUUUGUAACCCAUUCUGAAAUGGUUCUAUUAUCAUUUACAUACCAAACAAUAUGUUGUGAUAUACAGAAUAUUGUCUUUGCUGGGGGCUGCGAUAUACAGUCUAUCGUGUAAUAGAGUUUAAGCCAUAUUGGCCAAUCCCUACUCUAGUAUUUAUAUUUUUAGUUUGACUAGUCAUAUCAAUCCUUGAAAAUUCCUAAUUGAGGAACCCAACAUUUUAGAAAAAAUAUAUAUAUACAUAUAUAUAUAUAUAUAUGUAUAUAUAUAUAUAUAUAUAUAUGGGCAGCAAACGGUGUCACACGGGUUAGCGUAUGCCUCACAAUGCAAAGGUCCUGGGUUUUAUCCCCGGGCUCGCGGUCUUUCUAUGCGGAGUUUGCAUGUUCCCCCCGUGACUGCGUGGGUUCCCUCCGGGUAGUCCGGCUUCCUCCCACCUCCAAAGACAUGCACCUGGGGAUAGGUUGAUUGGCAACACUAAAUGGUGAAUGUUGACUGUUGAGUGUUGGCCCUGUGGUGGGGUGUUGACUUUCCGCCCGAUUGCAGCUGAACCCGAGAGGUUCAAGCAGUAGAAAACGGAUGCAUGGAUAUAUAUACUGUAUAUAAAAAAAACAUUUUUAAGAGUUCAUUUUUAAAAAUAUGUUUUUAGGCCAUCUCCUCACUUAUUUGUAUAUAUGUCAUCCGUCUGCAGACAAGAGGAGCUUUAUCACCUGAAAACUGUCUUGAAAAGUUUUGUUAUCAUUUGUAUAUAAAAUACUUUUUAUUACAAUAAUAAUGAUAAUAUUACAAUUCCAAUCCCUAAAAUACCACAUCCAAAGGAGCCAAACCACUUCAGACCUGUUGGACUGAUCUUCCACCUUACGAAAACCAUGGAACGGAUCAUCCUCAGCCCCCUUUGCGCCCAGACAGUGUCAGCAAUGGACCCUUGGCAGUUAUCUUACGGUCCAAGCAUCAAGAUGGAGGCUGCAUUGGGCCGUCGCCCACCUGGAGAAUGCAGGAAGUGCGGUGAUAGUCAUGUUCUCGGACUUCUCAGGUGCUUUCAACACCAACCAGCCAGCACUGCUGCGGGUGAAACUGGAUGAGUGGACCAUCACCAGACCAUAAGGAUCAUUAACUAACUGUUCGACAGGCCGCAGUGAAAACUUGCACUGCAAUAACGUAAUUUCCCCAUUGUGGGAUAAAUAAAAGUUUAUAUCCUA